AAAGCAGAGGAUGGGUCGUCGAUGGGUUGGUCUCUAAUGGCAAAGCCUCCAAUAGAAUUCACUCAAACGCAUGCUCACAAUUUGAAAUGAUCCUCGAAACAUCAUACCCAUCUUUAUUUGUCUAAAUAGAUUCAUUUUUUCUAGUAAUCACCCUCUGUUAAGGUGGCUGAUCUCUUUGUUUCUUGGAAGAAAAAAGGUCUCCUUGAUUCGGUUCUUCUUCUAUCAAAACCUCCCAUUUUCUUUGAUUGAUGUCUGAAGUUUUUAGCCGGUGCCAACUGCUAGUUGUCUAUUUCUCUGUGUUGAGUAGCUCUAGUGUGCACUGAUUGUGAUCAAACGUUUUCUGUACCUGGGCAAGAAGCUGCAUUUGGUGGAUGAGUACAUUAGAAAUAAGUUCCUAGACAUUGAACAUCUUCGGCUUACUGAUGCAUUUUGUGGGAAACCAUAGUUCUGGGUUGAUACUAUCAGUUGGUUUUUUGGGCAAUGGAGAAUUUUCCUGUUGAAGUGAUUGGUAACAUAUUAUCUCAGUUGGCAGUUGCCCGUGAUGUGGUGAUAGCAUCUGCAACAUGUCGAAAGUGGCGAGAAGCUUACCGCAAACACCUUCACACACUUUCAUUCAAUUCCCAUGACUGGCCUGUUUAUCGUGAUUUGACUACUAGUCGACUUGAAAUAUUGAUAACAAAAACUAUUUUUCAAACCACUGCAUUGCAAGGCCUGUCAAUUUUGAUGGAUGAUGUUGAUGAGUUUUCUGCUUCAACUGUUAUUGCUUGGCUCAUGUAUACCAGAGGAACUUUGCGCCAGUUGGUCUAUAAUGUUAUGACUACUCCAAAUGUUAAUAUUCUUGAGGUUUGUGGGAGGCAGAAGCUUGAAAUAUUGGAAUUGUCCCAUAACUCCAUACCAGGGGUUGAACUCAGUUACCAAAGGUUCCCUCGUUUGAAAACUCUUUCUUUAAGCUAUGUCAGUAUCUCAGCACUUGAUCUGAGUCUUUUACUCGCUGCCUGCCUAAAGAUUGAGACAUUGGAACUUAUCAAUCCAGAUAUUGCAACAUCUGACGCACAGGUGACAAUUGAACUCAGUAGUCCUACAUUGAAGAGUGUUUAUGUUGAAUCAAUUAGUUUGGACAAGUUUAUAUUGGAGGCAGAUAGUAUUGAGCGUUUGCACUUGAAGGAUUGUUCCCUUGAGCUAUUUGAACUCAUUGGAAAGAAAACUUUGAAGUUUUUCAAGAUUGAUGAUGUUAGUCUUAUACAAUUUGAUACUGGUGAAACAGUUGAAAAUCUUGAGAUUGUAGAUGUUAGCAACUUCACAUUUAUCUGGCCAAAGUUCUAUCAGCUGAUCUCAAAAUCAUCCAAGUUGAAGAGGCUUCGUCUUUGGAAUGUGGUGUUUGAUGAUGAGGCCAUUAUUGUGGAUUUGGAAACUAUUGCUGUUUGUUUUCCACAACUUAGCCAUUUGUCACUAGGCUACGACUUGAGAGAUGGAGCGCUUCAUUAUGGUUUGCAAGGAUCUUCAAACUUGGUGAAUGUGUUUUUCUUGGAGCUUGGAUGGACCAUAAUUAAUGAUCUUUUCCCACAUUGGGUUGAGGGACUGCUAAAGCGUUGUCCGAACCUUAGGAAGUUGGUAAUUCAUGGAGUUGUUUCAGAGGCCAAAAGCCAAGAAGAAUGCCGGAUGUUGGCUACUCUUACUUCAACCAUAGUUCGACUUAUGAGGAAAUACAUGAAUGUAGAGGUGCAAUUUGAGUAUGAAUAGGAAUUCUGUGAUUACGUGGGUCAAUAGUCAAGUUUUGUAUUCAAUAUUAUUAGCAUAUAUUCAGGUAAAAGUUACAGCACUUAGAGAUUGAAUAUCCUUUUAAUACCCUGUAAAUGAUCGCUAAAGACUUGUUUUAUCAUUGAAAUAUUACUUGAGAAAAAGAAAACAU